AUGGAGCUGAUGGAGCUGGACCCUGCAAACACGACAACGCUGUACAAGUCCCUGAACGCCGGCGAGAUCAGGCUCGCCAGGCUAGAGCCGGGAGCGGCUCGGACACCGAUCACCAUCAGUCUGAUACUGGUAAACAUUGAGUCAUGCCCAGUUUAUGAUGCCCUCUCUUAUGUAUGGGGAGACGUAAGGAAGGUUGCGCCCAUUUGCUGCGACGGUCUCUCGACUGAUGUGACGUUGAACCUUCACCAGGCGUUGGCAAGAGUUCGUCUACCGCAUCACUCGCGAUUGAUCUGGGCGGACGCUCUGUGCAUCAACCAAGGCGAUCCACAAGAAAGGAACAGGCAGGUUGGGCUGAUGGCUAAAAUAUACUCCCAUGCCAGAUUUGUGCUCGCCUGUUUUGGGGAAGCACCAGACGGGAGGGCCGAAGAAGUUGCGUCGCUCCUUAAUGAAUACGGGCCUUUAUUGAGUCAAUCACAUGUGGCUGAUGUUUUGCUUCCGCGACCAGGUGAAGACCUACGGCGGUGGAUCGCGCUAUCAUUCGUGAUGACGUCUUCCUGGUUCGAGCGCGCCUGGGUCUUACAAGAGGUAGGCCUAGCCAAGGACCCACGAGUCUUAUACGGGCCGGAAGAGUUCAGGUAUCGAGAUUUGAUGGUUACCGUUGCAUGGGUUCGAACCGGUGCUACCGAGCUUGCUUUCCACAUAGGUCUCGGGGCUUAUUUGAUACACACGAACUGGAUAGACUGGUCCCAUAAGUGGCUCGAAAACAGUCUUCAUAGAGACUAUAAGUUGGUUGAUUUGCUAGACCAUGGCGCAUUAUUGGACUGUCAGGACCCAAGAGACCGGAUCUUCGCAUUUCUGAGUCAUCCUCUCGCCAAGAAUAUCGAACGUUUAGCCCCAGACUACACAAAGUCCAAACUUGAGAUAUAUCAAGAAACUACAGUUUUUCUGUUGAAGGAUGCGGGCGUGCGAGUAUUUUCUUCUGUUGAGCAUACCGUUCAAACCUUAUGUGAUGGCUACCCAUCAUGGGUCAUUCGUUGGGACACAAGUCUCUCGAUGAACAACAUAUACGCCCAUCCAGCAACGGAUUUCCGAGCACACGGAGAAACAACAAGCUCGGCGCUGGUAGAAAGUAACAUUUUACAUGUGAAAGGUAUCGUGGUGGAUAGUGUUGAGACUGUUUUCGAGAUGGGGGUGUCCUCAAAUUCGACAAACGUCUUUUUCCGAGAAAUGCCAAGUGGGACUUAUUAUUACCUUGCCGACCUCGUCAGAAAACUUCAAUGCUCUCAACAAUAUGCAUACUCAUACCCGUUGGUAACGACACUCGCCCGGAUACUCUGCUGUGAUAGAGGCAGUCUAGACUCGGAGUCACCGUGGAACAAAUGGGCCAGCCAAUACCAGAGCCAACAAUCCCUACAAUCUUCCUCACACUGGAGCGAACCCUUUUAUCACUGGAUCAGAAAGAGAGGCAAUUUCCAAGGUCGAGCACUAGUGAUUACAAAAAAGGGGUUCUAUGGCCUUGGUCCACAGGUCACAAAGCGAGGAGAUCUCUGUUGUGUGGUCUACGGCAGCGCAGUCCCUUUCGUACUGAGGCCAGUAGAAGCAACCACGGGGCAGAUGAUAGUACAGCUUCUGGGCGAGGUCUAUGUUGAUGGCAUAAUGAACGGCGAGGCAGUGACAAUGCGCAAUGAGGGAACAUUGAGGGAGCAGGUGUUUGCGGUUGUUUGA